AUGUUUUUCAAAGUCGUAAUAUUCGCUACAGUGCUAGCAGCAGUGAACGCGCAACAUCACGGUCAAAGUCACGGUCAAGCUAUUUCCUCUCAGUCGAUCAUCCGACAUGACAUCUCCCACGACCAACACAACUAUCACCAAAAUGCUCCCUUAGUACAUCACGCCGCUCCAGUGAUUCACCAUGUUGCUCCCGUCGUGCACCAUGUUGCUCCAGUAGUCCACCAUGCUCCAAUUUACCACAGUGAACAACACGACUCUCAUGAUCACCAAGAUUACUACGCUCACCCCAAAUACGAGUUCAACUACCAAGUAGCUGAUCACCACACCGGUGACAUCAAGUCUCAGCACGAAGCUCGUGAUGGUGACCACGUCACAGGCUCCUACAGCCUGCACCAGCCCGAUGGUGCCGUGCGCACCGUACAUUACAACGCUGACAAGCACAGCGGGUUCAACGCUCAAGUAGAAUACUCCGGUCACUCACAACAUGCUCAGCCAGCUCAUCACGCUCCUCAAUACCCCCAUUAAGUCAUUAGAGGCCACCUAAUUACAACUAUAGAAUAAAUAUCAUGUAUACAAUGAGAAUUUAGUAAUAAAUAUGU